AAAAAAAAAAAACAAAAACAACAAAAACAACAAAAAGCAAAGCAAAGAAAAUGUCAGGCACGCAAUCGAAGGACAUUUCGACAAAGACUAAAGAAACGGCUAAUGAGGCAGCAACGGCCACGCCCAUAACAGCAACAGCAGCGCCCACAACAACAGCAGCAGCAACAACAACAACAACAACAGCAGCAGCAACAACAAUAACAGAAACAGCAGAGACAGCAAAGGCAGCGUCAACAAUUGCCAAGAAAACUUUAACUUCGAGUGCGGCUUUGUCAUUGUUUGAUCAGCUGAAAAACGGCGUCAAUUUGAACAGUUUGACAGGCACUGUUGCCAGCAUCACGCCCUCUAGCCCCUUUGCGCCGCCCGCUGCUCCAACAGUCACAAAUAUUGAACUGAAGCCGCCGCGGCAACCGCCCAAGGCGUCCUUUAGCACGCCCACGCGGCUGCUGCUUGGCAUUGUGCAGGGCACCAAACGGGGCAGGGAAGCAGCAGCAACAACAACUGCAACAACAACAAAUGCAACAACAACAAAAGCAACAACAACAACAACAACAACAACAAAGGCAACAACUGCAACAAGAACAACAAGCUCUUUGGCAGCUGCAGCAGUUGCUGCCAAAUUGGAUAUCAACGCAUUGCGAUCUCAGCUCUAUCAGGGCGCCAGAAAGACUGCAACAACAACAACAACAACAACAACAACAAAAGCAAAUACAACAACAAAUACAACAACAUUAGCAACACGCACAGGAACAACAACAAUAACAACAACUGCCAGAGGAGAUAGAGGAGCACGCGGGAAUGGGAAUAGCAUAAAGAAACGCUGCUUGGAUCGCUACGAUUCAUCAGAGUCAUCAGACAGCGGCGUUGCCACCUCGCUAAGCUGCGCGGAUUCCAGCACAGGCUCCAGUGAGGAUGCAUCCGAGCCCGGCUCACCGUACAGUGCGCACUCGCUAUUGAGCGACGAGCAGCAGCUUAACAAAAUGCCGCCACAAAUACUCAGCGCUGCCGCAGGCAGCAGCAGCAGCAGCAACAACAACAACAAUAAUACUGCGACAGCAACAGCAACUGCUGCACCAACAGCAGCAGCAGCUGCAACCACAGCGAAUGCAAUUAGAAGCAACAGCAACACUGCCAAAAUCACAGCCACAGCAACAACAGCAACAGCAAUCACACAACGCAGCAGCAGCAACAACAGCAACACGACGCCGCCUACGCUGCAAUGGCCCUGGAACACGAGCCUGGGCAGCACCUCAACAGCUGUGCCUGCUGCUGCCAGCGCCGCAGCCGCAGUCGCCUCGAAGAAGCGCGCCGCUGUCAACAGCAGCAACAGCAACGGCAGCAACAGCAGCAACGAUGCCAGCGGCUUGGCCUGCAUCGCUGUGGCGCCCAAGAAGUUGCGCGCGGAUUUGCAGAGCGGCAGCAACAGCAACAACAGCGGCGACAAAAGACUGAAAGCAGCUGCCCUGGAGGAGUCACAGACCAAGAUCACGGGCUUCUUCAAGUCGCAAAUGAAGGCGACGCCGGGCAAGCUGUCGGCGACGCCGUCGCCGCCGCCGCCACAAGCAACAGCCACGCCCAGCACGCUGACAAUGAGCACGCCAGCAACAACAGCCUCGCUAAACAAAUACUUUAACAUACUCUCGCAGCUCAAUGAGCAAAAGCAGCAGCAGCAACAGCAGCAGCAGCAACAACAGCAGCAACAACAGCAGCAGCAGCAGCAACAGUUGCAGCAGCAACAGUUGCAGCCCAAGCUAACAACAGCUGCUGCGACUGCUGCGACAUUGCCCGUGCCAGCGCUCAAGAAAAUCGAACGCAGCAGCAAGCAGCCCGCCAAAAUUGCCCAAGUGGCGCCCAAUUUACGCAAGACGCCCAGCAGCAACAGUCACGCCCACAACACACAUGCCGCCGCCCACUCGGGCACCGGCAAAUCGCCCGCCAAAAAGCACGUGGCCAUUGCGCCGCGCACGCCCGAAAUGAAGCAGCAGCAGCAACAGCAGCAACAAUUGCAGCUGCAGGCCUCCAAGACGCUGCUCGCAGCAGCUGCCUAUCGCGCGCCCCACAACAGCAGCAGCAACAACAACAACAGCAACAGCAGCAGCAGCAGCAGCAAUGCCAACAACAACAACAACAGCAACAGCAGCAACACGACAACAACAAUUGCUGCCAAGCCCUGCCAGAAGCUGCAGCCCGCUGCCGUAGCGCCCACAGCCACGCCCACGCCCAGCCCCACGCUAUAUCAGCUGCCGGUGCAGCUGCCCAAUUUGGUGCAUCUGCCGCCGCAGCUCGCCGCCGCCGCCAACAUAAUGCAGCUGAACAAUGUGGCCAAAGCGGCCGUCGCCGCCGCUGCCAGCAACAAUGCGGCUGCAGCAGCUGCCUCUGCGCAGGCGGCACAAGCGGCAGCCGCCCAAUACUUUCUGAACGGCACCGUCUUCAAGCUGCAGCAGGUGACAACGGCAACCACGGCGACGGCAACAACUGCCACAGCAGCAGCGACCAGUGCGGCCGGCGUCAAUCCCUUUGGCCUGCUCAGCGCCAACGAGCUGCAGGAGCUGCUGCUCAAGCAACAGCAGCAGCAGCAGCAACAGUUGCAGCUGCAGCAAGCGGCGGCUGUUAAAGCAGCAGCUGCGGCUGCCACGCCCACUGCGAAUGGUACUACCAACUUGCAGGAGCUGUUUCAGCAGCAAAUAGCCGCAGCCAUUGCCGCACAGCAGCAGCAGCAGCAGCAGCAACAACAUCAGCAGCAGCAGCAGCAGCAGCAACACCAACAGCAGCAAUUUCAGCGCUUGGGCGCCGCCGCCGCAGCGCAGCCCGUUUUUAUGGCCACGCCCGCGGGCCUGCUGCUGAAUGCGGCCACGCUGCCGGCCAUGUUGGCACAGGCGGCGGCAGCAAUUGCUGCUAACAGUCAGCAGCAACAGCAGAAAGUAGCUGCCGCUGUGGCCCUGCAGCAUCAGCAGCAGCAGCAACAUCAUCAACAACAGCAACAAGCGCUGCCUGCGCUGCAGCCCAUACCCGCCUUGAGUUCCAUAUUUGAGCCUGCCACCGAGCAGCAGCAACAGUUGCAGCUGCAGCAACAGCAGCUGGCGCAGUUGCUGUUCUCACAUCAGCAGCAGCAACAACAGCAGCAGCAGCAACAACACCACCAGCAGCAGCAGCAACAACAACAACAACAACUUAUCACUGCCACACAGCCUCCGCCGCUGACUGCUGCGAACAGCAGCAACACUGCCAGCAGCAACAGCAAUGCCUCGAAUACUUUAAGCAACAACAGCAACACUGCCCUGCUGCCGCAGCAACAACAGCAGCAGCAGCAACAGCAACAACAGCAACAACAACAGCAACAACGUGCCAUCAUCAAGGGUCCGCCCCCGCUGGUAACCAUCUCGACCGCCUCCUCCCUCAGCACAGCUGCUGCCAAGUCACGUGCGCUGCCCGCCGCCCUGGCCAAGCCCUAUCAGAAGCGAGCGCCGCCCACGCAACAGCAGCAGCAGCAGCAGCCGCCACUUAGCAAAACCAAAUAUGCAGCAAUUGCCACGCCCACAACGCCGCCUCCUCUGGUGCCGACCAGCACGGGGGCUGCUGCUGCCGCCGCCAACAAGGAGCUGCAGCAACUGCGCAAAGGUGCCACGCCCGCAGCAACAACAACAACGCCCACGCCGCCGCUGGUAAGCAUAGCGCCCGCCAAGCUGACGCCAACGCUCAGCAUGGCCAAGCAGCAGCAACAGCAGCAGCAACAGCUGCUGUCGCAACAGCAACAGUUGCCGCCAGCAGCAGCAGCGGCAGCAACAGUUGGCAAGAUCUCAAGCACCGCUGAUCUCUUUGAUCUGGUCAAGAACUCAAAUGGCGCCAUCAGCAUUGUGGGCAAGACCACAGCCACUGCCACGGCCAUGUGCACAACUCCCGCCCCCAGUCCGUUGACGCCGCUGCCCUUCAGUUCGCCCAGCAGCAAUAGCAAUAGCAAUUGCAACAGCAACAGCAAUUCGCAGCAAUCGCAUCGCGCCUCGCCCGCACUCUCCACACACUCGUCCAGCACACUGUCCGCCUUUGGCAAAUCCCUGGUGGCCAUCAAGUCGGAGCCCAUGGAGGAGUCAACCACGCCGCCGCCGCCGCUGUCCAGCACGCCCAAGCCGCACAGCUUUGCCGGGCAGCUGCCCAAUGCACGACGCGUGGAGCCCCACAAGCACGAGCUGCUCGCCGAGUGCAGCGGUGGCGGCUCCAACUCCAACUGCAGCAGCAGCUACACCAGCAGCAGCUCGGUGAGCAGCGCCGCGGAUCUCUCGCUGGAGGCAUCGACGCCCGCCUCGCUCAGCUCGGCGCCAUCGCCGGCGGCGAGCAACAGCAGCAGCAGCAGCAGCAGCCAGACGCAGCAGAUGAGCUCGCCGGAGGGACAUGCCAGCCAGCAGGAUAUGCUCAGCGAGCUGGUCACCUCCUGCAAUUCUAGCGGCACCGAAGACUGCUCCCAGGCAGCCAUAACGCCGCCAGCAGCCGCCGAGGUAGCAACAGUUGCUGCGACUGCCGUCACAACAGCAACUGGCGGCGGCAGCAGCAGCAGCAGCGGCAGCAGCAACUACGACGAGGAAGAUGACAAAUCGGUGGCCUCCUCCGAGACGGCCACGCACAAGCGACUGACGCCCGAAUCCGGCAUUGGCGGCAGCCUCAGCAACAGCGAGAGCAGCAACUCCAUAGCGGAUGCCAUCUCCUCGAAAUCGGUUUGCCCGCCCGCCUCGGCCAGCAGCAACAGCUGCAACGCCUCCGACAGCAACUCGUUGGCCAGCAAUGCGCCCUCACCCGCCUCGCCCAGCAACAACAGCAACAGCAACGACGAUUGCUCCGCCUCAUCGCCAGCCUGCUUGGCUGUGGCCAGCCCGAGCACCAUGGUGGAUACAACAUUGGCCGAAAGCGCCAGCAAAUUGAUGCCCAAGUGCGCCAUUUCGCCGAUUCUGUCACAGCCCAAGACGAUACGCUUUCCGGCCGGCGCUGGAGCAGGAGCCAAGGGAGCGAAGCGGCAUGAUGGCGUCUGCUAUUGGGACAAGUGCAACAAGAAGCAUGAGAGCAACUCGAAACUCUUGGACCAUAUGCAGACGCAUCAUGUCAACACGCAGACGGGUCCCUUCGCCUGCCUCUGGGUGGGCUGUAAGGUGUACAAUAAGGAGUCCUGCUCCCGUCGCUGGCUGGAGCGCCAUGUGCUCUCGCACGGCGGCUCCAAGCAAUUCAAGUGUAUCGUCGAAGGCUGCGGCCUGCGCUUUGGCUCACAGCUGGCACUGCAGAAGCAUGUGAACAAUCACUUCAAUGCCACGGACAAUGCCAAGGAGAGCACCAGCAAACGCACCUCCGAUCCGCCGGUGCCCAAGCAGCUGCGCAAGAAUGGCAAAAAGCUGCGAUAUCGCCGGCAACCCUUCUCAGCGCGCAUGUUCGACUUCUUCGACACGGGCAUCAUGGAGGGACUGCAGCAUCGGCUGCGCCAGAUCAGCACGCUGACCAACGGAGCCCAGGCCAUCACGUUCCAGGGACAGUGCCUGAUGCGGCGGCGCAACAGUCGAGGCGGGAGCGAGUGCUUUGUGCGCUGGUCACCGCGUGAAAUCAUCUCGGAUGAGUGGCUGCCGGAGUGCCCGAAUCGGACACGCCAGCACACCAAAGUGCUGCACAUCAAGCACAUGCGUCCGGCGGAGAAGACGCGCAUCGACAGUCUGCUGAGCACAGCCUAUAGAUUGCGCUACGAUGCGCAGCUCUUUGCGGAUGAUUACAACGUAAACGAGCAGCAGCUGCAGCUGCAACAGCAGCAGCAGCAGAUGCAAAUGGAGGAGGAGCUCAGCGGCAGUGAUUGUGCCGAGAGCGAUGCUGAUGAGGAGGAGGAGGAGGAAGAUGAUGAAGAUGAUGACGACGACGAUGAUGAUGAUGAUGAGGACGACGGCGUCUCGGGCACAAUCAGCUCGAGCAGCGGCACCGUCUCCAGCUAUCAGCAGGUGCUCAGCAUAGCAAAGCUGCAAAUGCAACAGCGACGCAAGCAUCCGCGCAAGCCGCCCAAGUCGACAGCAGCCACAGCCACAGGCACAGGCGCAGCGACGAUAAAAGUGGAAGAGCUGGUGCCCACAGAUGCCCUGGUGCCCAUUUAGAAAGUAUUUACAAAGCCCACACACACGCCCCACACACACACCCGCAAGGACAAACGAGUAAACAGUGACAAGUAGUUUAUAGAUUUUUUUAUAAGGCCACUCAAACAAACCCAAAACUAUCAUAAACAUGCACACAUACACAUGCAUACUAUAUCAUAAGAUCGUGUAACAUACAUAUACAUAUAUAUAUAUAUAUAUACAUAUAUGCCCGCUUGCAGUUUUUAGAUAAAUCCCGCAAAAUGACCAUAGCAAAUGUACAUAGAAAUCGCUUCAAUAUCAAACCCAAAAAACAAAUUUUAGAGUUUUUGUGUAAACCCUUGUUUUAAAUUAAAUUUAAAUUUUAUUUUAUGUUGCUGAAGACAAAUAUAUCUAGCCUAUAUAUACCGCAUAAACUUAAUUAGUUUUAAGCAUAACAUUUAUAACAACUUUAUGUAAAUUGUGAACUGCCUGAGAGAAGAGGAAGAGAGCCUAGGACACCGCCGCAGACAAGACUUUAUUUAAACAUAUUUAUCAUCUUCAUUAUAGUUUAGGCUUAGGCUUUUAUUGUUUUUCCCUUAACUUAGACCCAAACAUUUUACUGUAUUCGAAAAACUUCCAAAACGCACAAACAACAUCAACAACAACAACAACAACAACAUGAAUAAGACUUGAAGCAUUUAUCGCUAUAUAAUUAAACUAUAAUUAAACGAAUUCAUGUACUCAA